AUGGCUUCACAAGCUUUAGCUUCCCUUACUGCUACUUAUACCGACUCUGAAGGAGAAGAAGAUAUGGAAGAUGGGCAACAAACUCCCGAAAAAGAUGCAGCCAAAACAACACAAUCCGAACCUGCUAGCCCUAAAACCGUCAUUGAUAGUAAACAAAGUUUGUCAGAACCAUCUUCUCCCAAAAGAAGACUUGUCUCAUAUGUGGAUGACACUGUGGUGUCAGAUGAAGAAGAAAUGUCCCCUACUGCAGAGGGACAGGAUGACAUGAGAAGACUAUCUAUGGAAACAGACACAGAUGAUGCAGUUCAACGUUCAGAUGCUGAUGACUCUCAAGAUGGAGUAAUAAUACCACCUGAGCCACAAGGUAAAUGUCCAAAGGAAUUACAGGAUUCCAUUGCUAAAUUCUAUAACCGAAUGCUCACUGAAGGAUAUGAUAUGAACAAAAUAAUUCAAGACAAAAAGAAUUUUAGAAAUCCUAGUAUUUAUGAAAAAUUGAUCCAGUUUUGUGAUAUCAAUGAAUUAGAUACUAAUUAUCCACCUGAAAUAUAUGAUCCUUUAAAAUGGGGUAAGGAGUCUUAUUAUGAUGAAUUAGCGAGAGUUCAGAAAAUAGAAAUGGAAAGAAGAGAAAAGGAAAAAAAGGAAAAAUUGUCAAAAAUAGAUUUUAUAUCUGGUAAGAAGACCGACAGUGAUGAAGAGAAAAAAAGAAAGUCAAAAUGGGAUCAAGCUGCACCAAAUGUUGGCUCGAAGCCAACAAUUAAGCAACCAGGUCUUCUUCAACAGCCUCUUACGACUAAUGUUACAGGAACAAAGGGUACAGUAAUAUCAGCAUUUGGUUCAAUAUCUAAAAAACCAAAGAUCUGA